CCGCGCGCGGUUUGAAGCUGCGCGCGCGGACGCUGCGACCGUUGGUGGCGCGCGCGCGGGGCUGCGAGGGGUCGGUGCCGCCGCCGCCGCUCGGCCAUGGGCGCCAAAAAGAAACUGCUGCAGGUCCAGGAAGCCUUUCAGCUGGCCCAGAAGCCUCACCAGAACCACGCGAAGCUCGUGGUGGCUCUGAAGAGCACUUAUGCUCAGUUGGAUGAUAAAGAAGGCUUUAAUGAAAAAUUCAUUCACUUCCUCAAGUAUGCUAUGAUAAUCUACAGGCGGGAACCAGCGGUGGAACGAGUGAUCAAUUUUGCAGCUAGAUUUGUUACUUCAUUCUAUCAGACGGAGAAAGAAGAUGGUAGUGAGGAGGGAGAAGAAGAUAAUUUACUUCUGAAUUAUGUGUUUAAAUUUCUGCUUGAGUCUCACAAUGCCAACAGCCAUGCAGUUAGGUUUCGAACCUGUCAGCUUGUUAACAAGAUUUUGGGAAAUAUGCCAGAGAAUGCUGAGAUUGAUGAUGACUUAUUUGAUAAAAUUAAUGAAGCUAUGCUGAUUAGACUUAAAGAUAAGUUUCCAAGUGUGAGAAUUCAAGCUGUCUUGGCCCUGUCAAGACUUCAAGAUCCUAAGGAUGUAGACUGCCCUGUUGUUAAUAUUUACAGCACAUUGCUUGAAAAUGAUUCCAACUCAGAUGUGAGACGUGCCGUGCUGUCAUGUAUCGCUCCUUCAGAAAGGACUCUGCCAAUAAUUGUAGGCCGCACCAUGGAUGUAAAGGAGGCUGUCAGAAAGCUGGCAUAUGAAGUUUUGGCAGAAAAAGUUCACAUGAGAGCUUUGACAAUAGCACAGAGAGUUAAAUUGUUGCAACAAGGACUUAAUGACAGAUCUGAUGCUGUUAAGGAGGUAAUGAAGAAGAAGCUACUUCAAGCCUGGUUACAAUUCACUGAAGGGGAUGUUUUAGAAUUGCUUCAUAGACUGGAUGUAGAAAACUGCCCAGAAGUGGCCAUCCCAGUACUAAAUGCUAUGUUUUCAUUAUCUCCACUUCAUGACAUUGUUCAGAACUGUAAAAACCUUGAUAGCAGAAAGCUGAUUCCACUGGAGGAUUUAACAGCUGAGAAUGUGUUAUAUUGGAGAUGUCUUUGUGAAUAUUUAAAAUCAAAAGGUGAAGAAGGUGAAGUUUUACUAGAACAAGUGUUGCCAGAACCAGCUAUAUACGCAGAUUAUUUAUUGAGUUAUCUUCAAAAUAUGCCAAUUCUCAGUGAAGAACAAAAAGAAGACUUUAAUUGUUUUGAAAACCUGAUGACAAAAGAAUUCAUAGGCCAGCAACUGAUUCUAAUCAUAGGCUGUAUGGAUACCAUGGAGGAGGGAGGAAGAAAGCAUCUGCUAGUUAUUUUACAAAAGAUUCUCAUUUUACCUUCAACUUCAGCAGCACUUAUACCUCUCCUUGUUGAAAGAUUGCUCAGUAUUGUUAAGGAUGAGGACAGAAGGAUUCAAAUUAUUGCAGAAAUUAUCUCAGAAGUUCGUGAGCCGAUUGUUGCAAUUGACCAGCCUAUUGAUGCUGCUGAAAUAAGAAAGCGGGAGCUUAAGCUGGCUGAAAUAAAAGUGAAACUUUUUGAAGCAAAACAAGCUUUGGAAGAAUGCAUUACUCUUCAGGAUUUUAAUAAAGCAUCAGAAUUAAAAGAGAAAAUAACUGAGUUGGAACACACAAAAAAUGAUCUGAUAAAAACAGCAGAGCAAGCUGAAAUUAAAGAAAUGCGUGUGGAGAAGAAUGAUCCUGAAACACUGUUGAAGUGUUUGAUGAUGUGCUAUGAGGUUCUGAAGAUCAUGUCUCUUUCUAAAGGAAUUAGUCCAACCAUUAAUGAAAUCAUUCAAUCUCUGAUACUUCCAGGUGUAACUAAUGUCCACCCAGCUGUGAGAAAUAUGGCAGUUCUGUGUUUGGGUUGCUGUACCCUUCAGAACAAAGAAUUUGCCCAACAACAGCUUCCAUUGCUGUUACAGGUUUUACAAAUAGAUAACAUAAAGAUAAAGCUCAGUGCUUUAAAGGCAAUCUUCGAUCAACUAAUGCUGUUUGGAAUUGAGCCUUUUAAAACCAGAAGAGGCAAUGAUUCUCAAAGUGAAAGUGCACACAUUAGAACUGAAAAUGGUGAGGAUGAAAGUGAAGCAGUAGAGGAGGAAGAGGAGAGUGCCACAGUUCACAGCCUUCUGAAGCUUCUUUCUAGCUUCUUAGACAGUGAGUAUUCAGAACUGAGGACAGAAGCUGCAGAAGGCCUUGCCAAACUGAUGUUCUCUAGAAGGCUGAUCAGUGCCAAGCUCCUUUCUCGUCUUGUUUUGCUGUGGUAUAAUCCCGUGACUGAAGAGGAUACUCGGCUCCGACACUGCCUGGGAGUUUUCUUCCCUUUAUUUGCUUAUGCAAAUAGGUCUAACCAGGAGUGCUUUGAAGAAGCUUAUCUUCCAACUCUGCAAACACUGUUAAAUGCUCCUGCAACAUCACCUUUGGCUGAAGUAGAUAUCAGUAAUGUUUCUGAACUGUUAGUGGACCUCACCAGACCAAGUGGACUGAAAUGUCAGUCCAAGAAGUCUCACGACUAUCAGGAGUUAACAGUGCAUGAUACUUUAGCCAUGAAAAUUUGCAAUGAAAUCCUGGCAGACCCAACUGCACCAGAUGUCCGUAUUUAUGCAAAAGCUUUAAAUUCUCUAGAACUCAGUAGUUCUUCUACAGAGAAUCUUCUGGUGUUGCUCGAUGAGAUUCAAGAGAUAGUGGAAGAUAAACCAUGUCAAAGAGCUAUUGAGAAGAUCCAUAUGAAAUUAACCAAGGAUCCUAAUGUGGGCAAAAACCACUCUGGAAGAACUGAGGAAACAGGUCGCUCUGAAGGGACACAGGAAGGAGACGUCACAUUGUCUGAAAAUACUGUUCACAAUGAAGAAGAAAAUAAUAAAGAUGCUCUUCACACUCCAGUUAAUGAAGUUAAAGAAACUGCAAAAUUAAGAUCUACAAGAAGCAAAACUGGCAGAGGACAGCGGAAAGCGGCAGAAGUGAGGUCUGUGAGCCGAAGAAAAACUGGUGCAAGUGUAAAACGUGGUUCUGAAAGUUGUGAUCGAAUUCCAGAACCAGUUCCAGUGUCAAGUUCGAGGCCUCAACGACGAGCAAAAACUUUGGCACUGGAGAAAACCCGAAUGAAUCUUUCUAGACUGUUAAAUGAGGAAACAGAUGAGUGAAGACAAGAGAAGAAAGUGCCUUUGUCAACACUGGUAGUUAACAUCAGACUUGAAAAUAAGAUUUUUUUUCUUGCUAGUCAUAUUUGCUCCUUUUAUAUGAGUCAUUUAUAAUUCUACAUUUCUAUAUUUUUAAAUACUUUUUAUUUUUUUCUACAGUUUUUCUUUAAUAGAUGCUUGCAUUUCCUGUAUUUCCUGAUAUAAAGUCCCUCAUUCAUGUAAUAAAAAUGGAUUAAAAUUCAACAAAACUUGGAUCUUUUCUCUUUUACUUUAUAGAGAAGAAUGCAUCUUACCUGCGAAUAAAAAUUGCUGUUGGUGCUAAGUAUUCCAUAGUCAAAGCUGUUUUGAUAUUUAACAGUAGCAGAGAGUGGUUGCUUGUGAUGGCAGCAGUUUUGACUGUACCUACUUGUACAGCACCUGCUUUCUUCAUUUUUAUACAGUUUUAUACCAGUAAAACCUGGUCAGCAGAUGCAUGUAUCUACUAUUCAUGUUACUGUAAAAUAAUUGAUCUUUAUUGUGAAUUCUGCUUCCUGCAGGUGUGUCCACUUAAUUAAACAAAGUCAAAGUGGUAAAACCGGGUAACUGAUUUUACAAACCAUACUGAAAGUCUACUGAUGCUGACCUUGUUAUGUACAAUCAGGGAUGUGCUUUUAGAAAAGCACAAAAAUAUUUGUGGUACAAAAUAAGAUCUGGUAAGGAAAGGAUAUUUAAGUACAGAAGGGGAAAAAAAUUAAAUCUUCUCAGGUCAGUGUUGUGUCUUUUUUCAGUAGUAUCCAGUUGUUAUUUCUUUGUAGCUCUGAAGUUCAAGAUGUAGGAAUGGCCAGGAGUUGCAGAGGACAGCAGAUGAAGGCGUGAUCACAGCAGUCACUGUGGCUGAGCAGGCUCACUCGCCUUGGGAACGCCACGCAGCCGUGUCCGUGUCGCAGUGGGGUCAUUUCGGAGCAGUGGCAGCAAACUUGCUCCAUUCCUCGACAUGCACGUCUCAGCCAUGGAUGCCAAAUGCAGUUUUCCAAGGAACUUGCAUUUUGAACUGGUAAAUAUGCUAUAAAUGAUCUUUGUAAUUCUCAGGAAAGACUUAAGGACACAAGUGAAAUUUAGUAUUCCUAAAGCGUAAUGCCUAAACUAUUAUGCUGUUUCCAAGCUUGCAUGUAGGAAACAGAGGGAUUGUGUUGCUUUUUAUCCUUUGCAGUUUUUGUUGGAAACUUGUCUAACUGCAAAAUGCCACGACACACUUUUCUGCUGGCAUUUGCUCUAUUCAGAAGCUUCUGUAACUGUGAUGAGUUAAUUCUAUAAUUUUAAUCAUAAUUUUGAGGUCCUGAUCUCCCUCCUUUGGUAACUCUUUAAAUCUUCAAAUCGUGUUGUAGUAUGAGUUUGUGUACUUGCAGCCACUUCAGAUCAGAGAUGCCCUCUGUCCCCUUGAAUGCUGUCUGAACAUAGUUGAAAUGGGCAAAGUGUGUAGUUGUCUUUCUCAGUUAUAAGAGCUUCCUUAGGGCUUUAGUUGUUGGUUUUUUUUUAAAUUUAAGUUCAAAGUCUCUCUCAUCCUCCCUCUCUUGAGUGGUUUGUUUUUUAAACACUGAGCAACUGGUGCUAAUCCACUCUUAUUUUUUCUUAAAAUGAAUUUUGAGGCAAAGCAGGAGCAAUAAAUAUCCAUAAAAGCCUCUGGGCAUGCCUUCCUGAGUAAGACUUUAGUUUUGCCUUCUUGCUCUUCUGUUGUGCCUUGCCAUGCAUCCAGGUUCUGUCUCUUGCGUCUCUUGGGAAUGCUGGACUGAAAAGCUGAGGUUUCCCUCAAGUCACCUCCCAGUCUGUGGAUGCCUGUGCUGCGGAUGUGGCUUCACUGGUGUGUGUUAAUAGAAAAUAGACUUUGUCUAACUAGAGGCCCCUGGGCUGUUGUGGAGCUGGAGUUCCCAGUGGGAGAGGCCAAGGAAGCUGGGCUUGUUGAGACUGUGAAUGUUGGAGGAUCCCCAGUUACCUGCAAGGAGUCCAGUAAAAAGAUAAUAUAGGGCUCUUUGUGGCCUGUGAUGAGAGGAUAAAAAAACAAUGGGUAUAAAUUGAAACUCAGACCAGAAGAGAAGGUGAAAAAGGCAGUGAAACAAGUUAAAAACUGCUGGAACAGGUUGCCUGUGCAGGUUCUGUCCUAGAAGUUUUUAAGACAAAGCUAGGUGUGAACUACUCACAGCUGGCUGCCUUUGAGCAGGGUGUACAAUUAUGGACCUUCCUGAUGUCCUUUGUGUUGGACUUACCCUGUGAUCCUUUCAGGCCAGAUACUUAAGCAGCAACUGGCACUGAAUUUCCAGCCCCUCUGGGUACAUUGCCUGCCCAAUUCCCUGUAAAGGCAAGAGUUUUCUGUGUAAUACAAAAUUUGAUGUGUUUUUGAAAAUUACCUUUUCAGGAAGGGUGGCUGCAUCAUUGCAGGGUGGGACAAUCAGAUGUGUGCUGUCUCUCAAAGUUCACUAUUACUGAUGAUCGAGGUUUCAGUGUAUGCAGCUGGCUUCCUGAGAAAGGCACAUGGUAGCAAGAAAACAUCCAAAGGUGACAAGGAGCCAAGCUUGGAAUUGCAAUCUUGCUAUGCAUUACCCCUUCUAGCUAAAAUAACACUGUUUUUUACUUUACUUCUAUGUCUUGAAAGUACCUAACUUCCCAGCUUCUUAAUUAAGGAAUAAAAUUUUAUUCCUUGAAUUUUAUUCCUAAAAAUAUUUAAAUUUAUUGAAAAACAGCCUCUUUGUUGCUCUGGACCAAUUACUGUGUGUCCUUCCUCUUUUGGCUGGCUAAACACAACAGUGUCAAACAUGAACUUGAACUUGACUUGAUACUAAAUAAUGGUAAAAUAGCAGUGGUCACUCAUCAAACUUGGAUGCCAUGUUUAUUCCCACACUAGUUUUUGUUUCUUUAAAGCAAUGUUGUGAUUCUUGUUUGCUUGUGUGUUCUGUCUCUUCAGCCUAUGCACUAAAGCAGCUUCUUUUGAGAACAGGCCUUUGGCUGGUUGCUCUGCAGGCUGAAGGACAGCAGGGGCUGGUGAGCUUGGGUUAUGUCUGAAAACUCAAAGGAAUAAUAAUAAUAAUAAUAAUUAAUAAUAAUAAUCUGUUAACAAAAACCAGGCUUCUGCUUGGAGCUGAGGGAGACAUGUCCAAACCAGCGAGGUGCUGGUCUUUACUGGGUCUUUGAAAUCAGAAAAUCCAUGUGCCCCCUCCCACGGGCACACACACAGUUCCAGCUGCCUUGGCUCCAGUGCUUGUGCGACUCCUGUGUCCUGCCUGCCUCCUUACUGACCU